GCUGCGCGUAUCAGCGGCGAGGACGCACGCGCAUUUUGUUCCGUGAUUAAUUUUUAAUUUGUGAUAAUCGAAUUACGAUCUACAGUAGACAAGAUUAAAUCGAAAAAAAAUCUUUAGUUAACUCAUUCUAGAAUUAAAGUAACUUAAAAUUUAUCUGAUCUUUAAACAAAGUGCUUUGUGUGUUUUUUUUUUCAAAAUGAAGAAGACUCUAUUCCUGUUGUUAUUGAGCUGUGGCCUAUCCCUAUCCGCAAAGCAAUGCUGUCCGAACAACCAGCUAAUCAGACCGAAAGGAUAUUGCGACGACGAGCUCAAAUAUAGAAUAUUUAUGAACUGCACCUCAGGCCACAUGUUGCUGAGGGACGUAGUGGUAGAUGGCGAUAAGAUCUCCACCAUGGAUUACCCAGGAUACGUGUUUUCAGACAAUCCGGAUAGCUACUGUCUAGGAGACAUGUAUCGCAACAGCAGCAUGCCCUCAUUGGGUAUUAUGAAAGCCGCAGUAGUGUGUUAUGAAAAGAAUCAAAGCACAAAUGAUGUGGAGACCGGUGGGGUCCUCGCCCUCGUUUCAGUUCUAUUCCUUUUCGCCACGGCUGGCAUUUACAUGUAUUUACCGCAAAUGAGGGACUUGCAAGGAAUGUGCUAUAUUUGCAUGUGCAUAAGUAUGGCGUUAGGAUUCUUAUCGCUUGGAAUUCUCCAAUUGAGUCCAGGAUUUCAAGGCCAGAUAUGUACUGUCACAGGUUUCCUCAUAUAUUUCUGGAUGAUGGCUACCUUCUUUUGGAUGAAUGUCAUCAGCAUCAACAUGUACCGUACCGUGAUUGAUGCCGCUUAUCUGAAGAAGACAGAGAGACGGCAAUAUUUCUUGUACAAUAGUUACGCGUGGGGUUGCUCUUGCAUAUUUCUUAUUAUAGCACUUAUAACUAAUUUCGUCGAGGGAAACCACUACAAACCCGGUAUUGGUGAUAAUAACUGCUGGUUCAGUGGACGCGCUCAAACAUGGAUAUACUUCUAUGGACCCAUUGCUGUCCUCAUCGCCGCGAACAUUAUACUUUUUGUAAUGUCCUCAUUCAGUUUAUGGACGCACAACAAAAAAUACGAAGUGAACAAGCUAAAUAAUCUCAAACGCAAAUUUCUCGUGUCUCUGAAAUUAUUCCUGGUCAUGGGCAUUUCUUGGAUCUUCGAAAUUGCCAGCUUCGCUCAUGGAGAGAAACAUAUCCUCUGGAAAAUAAUGGACACCUUCAACUGCCUACAAGGAGUCAUAAUAUUUCUGAUACUCGUUGUAUUCAGACGUCGCGCGAUGAAAGGCUUGGCCGAUGAUCGCAUCUGCUUAUUCAUCACGCGUCCUAUAGCCAAUAGACUUAGUCCAGACGACGAUGCAGACGAACAGCAAAUAUUAGAUGACACUGUUGAAGUGAGGCUGAACUGAGUCCUUUUAAACUUUCACAAUUGCAGAGUCUUAAUAGUUCUAAUUAAAUAUAAUGUAAAUAAAAAAAUUCAAUUUUAAACUAUUAAAUCCAAUGUAUACAUAUAAUCCAAAUAGCUUAUGGAUCAAUGAAACAUAAGCGUAGCAAUACUCGGAUAUUCAAUGGAAGAAUAAAUGCAUAAUAUUAUUGGUUAUGAAAUACAAGCAUGUCAUUUAAAAUUUUCCAAUGAAAUAUACUAUAGCUUAUAGUUAUGAAUCUCAUACAAUAUACAAAUUCAUAGAAAUACAGAUACUUUUCUUAUAGGAAAGUUGUAUUUCCGCUAGUUUCUAUUGUUACUACUUUUAAUAAUUAUGAGAACAGAAAACAAUUUUUAUGUGAAGAC